CCUGGACGGCUUCCCCCAUCCGCAGGCAGACGCUGCCGGGCCGUAGGCCUUUUGCGCUGCUUGUUAGGUUUUCCCGCAACAAGAGAGGGCCGGCAUACCUCGUCCGUUAAGGCUCGUCUAAGCUGCAUACUGAAGAAGUGGGUGUUCAUGAUAACAUGUCCAAUGUUUCCGUGGAUAGAAGCCUCAGACUGCAGGAAAUCAGGAAAGGACUACAGUUUAUACAGUCUACUCUGCCCUACCCAGGGACUCAAGAACAAUAUGAGAUAUUCAUACGAGAGCUCGUUAAAAAUCUUUUCAACGAGGGGAACGAUGCGUACCGAGAAAGUGAUUGGGAAGGAUCGCUAAACCACUACUCGGAAGCUUUAAGCAUAGCUGAUUAUGCUAACUCUGAGGGAAUCCACAUUUCCGAUGAAAUAUUAGAGAAAUUGCACAUUAAUCGCAUUGCAUGUUAUUCGGAGAAGGGCUUGCAUGACCGAGUCCUAGAAGACUGCGGGAUAGUUUUAAAACUGAAUGAAAACAAUUUCAGAGCACUCUACCGGAAAUCCAAAGCCUUGAAAGAACUGGGACGCUACAAAGAGGCUUAUGAUGCGGUUGCUAAAUGCUCCCUCGCAGUGCCACAAGAUGAAAGUGUAAUAAAAUUAACCCAAGAGCUCGCGCAGAAACUUGGAUUAAAAAUAAGAAAAGCCUACGUCAGGGCAAAGCCUUCUCCCAGCUCUGUAUCUGGAGACGCGUCGAAUAAGAGUUCCAGUACUUCUAUAGAAGAUAUUGAAUCAGAUUUUCCCAGUUGGAAGGAAAAGAUACUGCCCUCCCCCUCCUGCCCCGCUUCCGGUCUUGCUCCUAAGUUGCCAAGCAACCUGACCCCACUGCUAAUGACGCCUCGGGUGACCAUCCCGGCGGAGAAGAGUCUUCACCCGGCCACCUCGCUGGCCAACGGGGGGUCUUUCCCCGGCGGCGGCUUGGACUGCGGGGACGCGGACGACAUUCUUGGAGAGGAGCUGGAUGAGUUGCUCGAUUCGGCGGCUCCGGGCCCUGCUGGCAGCAUCCUGCCCGGCACAGUCGUCCGAGGAGCCAUCCCCACGGCUACCGUCGCUCCCAGUUUGUCCUUCUCUGCCCCUUUGCUUGGGACGUUGUCCGUCGGAGCUGGAUUUGUCCCCACGGCUUCUUUUUCUGAAAUGUACUCCCAGCCCUUGGUUUCUGUCCUGGACAGCUUCUGCUCCUCUUUAAGUACUUUCUCAAUCAACGAUUCCAAAAGAGUGGACGCCUCCGGCUCCAUUUCUAGAGAUGUCACCUCCACGUUAAGCAGCAGUUCCCCUCUUCGGCUUAUGAAUGGUCCCACGAGCUUGUUUGGGUCUGAGAACUAUGUGGGGAUUUCAAGUCCGGCGCGCAAUGACUAUUCCUGUGUGUUCGGUGGGGGCCCCGCUAACGUUCCCAUGUCCACAACGUCACCCUUAGUCACAAGGAACCCCCUGGAAGGCACGCAUGAGCUAAGACAGGCCUGCCAGUUGUGCUUCGUUAAAAAAGAUCCAAAAUUAUGGGAUUAUACAUACCAUCCCAAUCUGGAGCACAUCUGUAAGAAGGAUAUUUUAAUAGGUAGAAUAAAGAGCUCUGAAGAUAAAUCGUGGAAAAAAAUAAGGCCAAGGCCGACAAAAACACAGUAUGUGGGACCAUAUUAUAUAUGUAAAGAUGUCGCAGCCGGAGAAGAGUGUCGGUAUUCUGGCCACUGCACCUUUGCGUACUGCCAAGAGGAGAUCGAUGUGUGGACUCUGGAGCGCAAGGGGGCGUUCAGCCGCGAAGCGCUCUUCGAGGGCAGCGGGGAGAUCAACCUGACCGUGUCCCGACUCCUUCAGGAGCACCGCGGACUGUUCAUGUUUCUUUGCGAGAAAUGUUUUGAGCAUAAACCCAGAAUAAUAAGCAAAAGGAAUAAGGAUAACUCAUCUUCCUGUUCUCACCCUGCUAUGCAUGACUUUGAAGAUAACAAGUGCCUUGUUCAUAUUUUGCGAGAAACAACGGUGAAGUAUUCCAAGAUCCGGCCUUUCCAUCCUCAGUGCCAGCUAGACCUGUGCCGGCAUGAAGUGCGCUACGGCUGUUCCCGGGACGACGAGUGCUUCUAUGCCCACAGCCUUGUGGAGCUCCAGGUGUGGAUGAUGCAGAAUAAGACAGGUAUUUCUCAUGAGGCUAUUGUUCAAGAAUCGAAAAAAUAUUGGCAGAAUAUGGAGUCUAAUGCACAUGGAGCACAGAUUCUCAGCAACCCAGUGAAGCACGGAUCUCUGAAUCUGAAGAUGAAGUUUGUGUGUGCCCAGUGCUGGAGGAAUGGACAAGUCAGCGAGCCGGACAGAAACAAAAAGUACUGCAGCGCGAAAGCCAGGCACCCGUGGACCAAGGAUCGCCGGGUGACCCUGGUCAUGUCCAACGAGCGCAAAAAGUGGAAUACCAUCCGCCCGCUUCCCACCAAGAAGCAGGCGCCCUUGCAGUUCGAUCUGUGCAACCACAUUGCAUCGGGCAAGAAAUGUCAGUAUGUAGGCAAUUGCUCCUUUGCUCACAGUCACGAAGAGCGGGAAAUGUGGACUUAUAUGAAGGAGAAUGGCAUUCAAGACGUGGAGCAGUUAUAUGAAAUGUGGCUGAAGAGCCAAAAGCCAGAGAAGGGGGAGGAGCCGGCCGCCCAAGCAAACAAGGAAAACGGGAAGCAAAUCCACAUGCCGACAGACUAUGCUGAAGUUACCGUGGACUUCCACUGCUGGAUGUGUGGGAAGAACUGCAACAGCGAGAAGCAGUGGCAGGGCCACAUCUCCUCGGAGAAGCAUAAAGAGAAAGUAUUCCAUACGGAAGAUGACCAAAACCGCUGGCAGCAUCGCUUUCCAACGGGUUGCUUCAGUCUCUGCGAUAGAUAUAUGGCUGGUACUUGUGUAGAGGGAAACAACUGUAAAUUUGCACACGGACCCGCUGAGCUCCGCGAGUGGGAGGAACGGAGACACGUUCUAAGAAUGAAGUUCAGCAAAGCCCGAAAAGACCACUUGAUUGCUCCCAAUGAUAAUGACUUUGGAAAAUAUAGUUUUUUGUUUAAAGAUUUAAACUAACACUAUAACAAUGAAUUUGUGUUGCCAGAUGGAAGCAUAAAAUCAGAAUCUGACAAUAAUCCAAAGCAUGUGACAGAAGCUGCAGAUUUUCUGCUUUUAUUGGCCUGUAUUGUUCCUCCUGAAGAACAAAAUGUAGUAGAUGUGUAGGGGGGUAGGAGUCGGCAGGUCUGUCUGUGCUCUCAUGAAACAGAACGGUGGAGUCAUAAUAAAAACGCAGCCUGAAGUCUUACGUGGUUAUUCGCCUUCUGUUGGACAGAAGAAAGUUGGAAAAUAACCGGAGGGUGGCGUUGUAAUGCCCAGGAAGGCCCUGGUGUUGGUCCUUCAGCUGAAAACUUUUAAAGGUAAGCUUCUUAAAACAGAUGUCUCGGGCUCAGAAGAAAAUGAUGGAUGGAAAUUCUUCAGAUGUUUUAAUGGAGAGGAUUUGUUUAAAACAAGUUUGCUAUUUAUCUCUAUGUAGGUUGCUUAAUAAAGGAUUUUCUUAUUAAAAAGAUUUUAAGCAAAAUAACCAUUUAACUACAAUAUAUGUUGAAUGGGGUAUUUUUCUCUAUUUGUAUGUUUCAAUAUAACUUACUGAAAAGGAUCUUGGAAGAAACACACGUAUUACUUUUUUUGAAAAUCAAGUAGUUAAAAAUUCUGUUUCUUGGUCUUUGCUGUUUAAAUGAUGAAUUUGAAAGAUUCCACUUGUAUGUCAGUAUUGUGUAUUGUAUGGACCAAUAUUGCCUGUAAUAAAGGUAACUUUACAUAAACACUUUUCCUAAACAUA